AUGACCCAACCCAUCGCACCCCCAAUCCUGGACUUCUCCCCAUUCUACGGCGCAGAUGGUGAGGCGAAAGCCAAGCUGGUAGAAGAAGUGCGCAAGUGCUGCCAUUACAAUGGCUUCUUUCAAAUCACGGGCCACCGCGUCCCUCUGGAGCUCCAGCGCCGCGUGAUGGAAUGCUCGAAGCGCUUUUUCGACCUUCCACUGGAAGAGAAGCUGCAGAUCGACAAGAGUGAGCUAUCCUACCAGUCUCCAGCAGACACAACACUCACAUUCACAGAUCACAACUCGUUCAACCGCGGCUACGAACUCCUCCGAUCGCAAAUGCUCGAAGCGGGCACCGGCCCCGAGCUCAAAGAAGGACUAUACAUCGGCGAGGAGAUCCCCGAGGACCACCCAUACUUCGUGCAGAAGAAAUUGAACAGUGGACCCAAUCAGUGGCCGCAGACUGUUUCCGACAAGGAGGAGUUCCAGAAAACUACAAUGGAAUACUACCACGCCGUCUUCGAACUCGCAAAAGACGUCCUCGGCGUCGUGGCUCUCACCUUGGGCGUCGAGUCGAGCUUCUUCAAGCCACUUACUGACGGUGCGGUCGCGACCAUGCGAUAUCUCCAUUAUCCCGCGCAGCCGAAAGACAAGGACGAGAAGCUGAAUCGGGGAAUUGGCGCGCAUACGGAUUUCGGCUGCGUCACUCUCUUACUUCAGGAUGAAGUCGAUGGUCUACAAGUUCUUGAUGCGCCGACGGGUCAAUGGCUUGAUGUCAAACCCGUCCCCGGAGCCUACGUAAUUAACCUCGGCGACCUCUUCAUGCGCAUGGCGAAUGACAAGUACAAAUCCAACACGCACAGGGUGAUCAAUAAGUCCGGUAAAGAGCGGUACUCGAUUCCGUUCUUUUUCAGUGGGAACCCAGACUAUCUCUGCGAGUGUCUGCCGAAUUGUCGCGAGCCCGGCGAAGCUGCGAAGUAUCCUCCGAUUACGGUGCAGGAUAUGGUGUCUGCCUCUUACAAGGAGAGUUAUGGUCGGGCGGAGAAAUACAAAAAGGAAUCGGAGUCGAAGAAGAUGGAUGCGACGCCGGCUGUGACUGCUGUCGGUGCAUAG